UCUUGCUUCGCUCGCCUGUUAUUGACCCAAGCUGUCCCCCAUUCUUCCUGCGCCUCCGCGAAGAAGGCCAGGUGGACGCGGACCUCUCCUCGCACGCCCCCAUCCCCCAUCCCCCACCCCUUCUUUGUGUUAUUGAGGCACAAUUUGGAAGCGCCCAUCCUGCCUUUUUCUGGCGUCCAUCUCCUCGUACGUCGUCGAGGGCAGGUCCUUCCUAUCGACACAGACACCAAGAGGGCUGCUGGUCGAAGUGACGAUUGGGCAGCAUAAUGGCGGACGCAAUGAGCUACCUCGAGACGCCGGCGACAGAGAGACGUUGUCCCGCGUCGACGUCAUCAUCGUCGUCAUCAUCGUGGACGAUCCAGAACGAGGCUAUCGCCAGCCUGGCAUCGUGGCUGCCAAAGGUGCCCUCGCUGCAGCCACCACCGGAGCUCGCCGGGGCUUCAAUGACCGAUGCCAUGAGAAGCAAGCUCGCCCGCGCCAUCAUCGCCGAUGCUGCCCACGAAGAGUGCUACUGGUCCCCGUCGGAUCGCCUCGUCGCCUUCAGGGCGCUCAAGGAGCUCUCCAGGCUCUCAGGCUCGAGCGGGGCUAUGGGAUCGCUGGCCUGCUUGAAAGACCUCGUCGGGCUGGCGAGGCAGGAAAUGGCGGGUGUUGAUCAGAAGCAGCGGCAUACCCAGACACAGAGCACGCCGGGCGCGCAGCAGCAGCACCAACAAUCGCAAUCGGGCCCACUGCAGCCCACACAGCUGGGCGAGAAAGGAAGCGAGUUUGCCCGAUCCAUCGACCACCUCCGCGUCAGCAUUCCCGAUUCUUCGCUCGAUGAUGACCUUGCAAGGCCGGCGAAAACGUCUCAUGCCUCGCGGCAGGACUACGAAGCACUCGACACACUCCUACGCGUCCUCAACAAUGUCCUUCUCCAGCACGCCAAUUGCAGGCUCAUUUUUACUCCAAGGGACCAGGCAGAUGGUGUCCGAAUGGCCCUGGACCUUCUCUCAACAACCAAAAAGGCUUGGCCACCGCAUAUAGUCGCUCUGGGCGCCCGGCUGACUUUCUUUUCAACGCUCUUUGAAAACGAGGCCAACAAGUGGGGUGUCGAGGAGUGCGGCCUAGUUGAAAUACUGGCUGGGCAGAUCGACCGUUUGGUCACGUCGUCGCUCCUGGCCGACGAGCUCUCGGCCCAGGGCUCAUCAAAGGAAUCCGACGAUGCCCUCUCUGAAGUCCUCAAGGCACUCUUCAACAUCUGCCUUUACUACCCUAGGCUCGUCGAUGGAGCUGGUCCCAAGUCAAAAGCCAGCAUGGGCGACAAGUUCCAUCCCGCAUUGCUUCCAUGCCUUGGACCGACGCUCAAGGUUCUCACUUCGUUGCCACAUCGAUCGCCGAGCCCGUUGGCUCCUCCGCUUACGCAUGCAAUCAACGUUCUCAUCAAUUACCCGGUUCAACCCUAUCGACAGACAUGGAUCGAUCCAACAAAGGAUCCCGGUAUGAGCCCCGCCCUGUCGCCCGCGGGUGCGACUACCCUGCCAGCAACAAAGGAGAAGGAAAAGGAAAAGCCAUCGGCCGCAAAGAGAGUCGCCACAGCCCUGUUUGGCAGGUCAUCGAGCUCCUCGUCUUCGUCUUCUGCCGCAAAUGCGUCUUCUUCGACCAUGCCCUCUGCAUCCUCGCCAGUUCCGACGGCCUUGUCCUCUUCCUCAUCGCCUCCCAUAUCUCCUACUUCGCGCGGCAGCGGCUCUUCCUCCAAGCUGUACGGCAAGUCGUCACCUGUCGCUGCCACCUCCCAACGAGGCGCAGCUUUCGGCAGCAACAGCAGAAGCAGCAGCAGCAGCGGUAACAGCGGCUUUAGCACAGCGACCCUGGCGCAUCCACCUGCCAUUCUCUCAUCGACGCUCGCGCUCCUCGAAAUGUUUUUCCAGCGUUACUUUUCCAGCAUGAAGUUCGACGACGACGACGCAGUGGCUCGUGCAGCCCGAGACGGGCCAGAUCUCAACUUGGAAGAAGUGUGCCAGCCCGCGUUGAUCCUGCUGCGCAAGCUAGUGGCAGAAGACGCCGGGUUCCGGGCCUUUGCCAAGCAGCGCAUUCUGCCCUCGACGAUUGAUCGGACCGAGAGCUUGGACAAGCGCAAGGACUUUACGGGCCAGCUCAUUCGACUCAUGUCGAGCGGAACAUUUCCCCAGCUGGCCCUCUUGGCGGGCGAGACGCUCCUGGCGCUCUGCGACGACAAUGUCGAGAAAAUGUCGACCGAGAUUGGCUAUGGGCCAUGUGCGGGCUUCUUUGCUUCCACCGGCCGCGCUGCCGCGCUGCCCGCCUCGUCGUCAUCCUCGGCCUAUGUCUCGUCCAAUGGGGGUGGCCCCGUCGCGCGGCCCAUUGAUCCCAUCACGGGCAAGGUGAUGCCGAGCGCAGACGAGAUUGCGAAGCAGGACAAGGAGAGCGGCUGGUCCGACCUGACAGAGGAGGAAAAGGAGGCAGAGGCGGAAAAGCUCUUUGGCCUCUUUGACCGCAUGGACAGGACCGGCGUCGUCAAGGCCGUCAAUCCCAUGCAGCAGGCGCAGGAGAGCGGAAAGAUGGCCGAGCUGGACAGAAAGCUCGAGGAAGAGAGGAGGAAGGAGGACGAGGAGGAUGAACGGGAGGCCGAGAGGGAGAUGAGAAUGUACAAGCAGAGACAGGCCAAGGGCGCCGCGGCUUGAAAAUUCCUGCUCCUCCACCGUUCCUGCCACUGCGAUCGACCUGCAGGAACUGGCAGACUGACCUCGUAGGCACAUCUGAGGUGUUUCCUUGCGACCGAACAAUUUGAGGGCACACACCAGCUCGUGUACAGCGCAUUACAAUCGAAAUGUAUUACUGACC